UGCUGCGUCUUCUCUUCUCAAUGAACUAUUGUUAGAGAUGGAUCCGACUGAGGGAACCCUCUGGUUUGGAGUUGAAAGGUCUUUAUUUAAGUGACCUCAUACAGACGUGAGAUGCAGUGGUCGGGCCGUCAGAUGAGGACUUUAUGGACGAUGUUAUAACCGUCAGUUUAAACAUUUCUCUCUUCUUUGCUCCAUCAAGAAGUUUUUGGACUCUUCCUAAACUGAAGGAAUGUCAGUGACUUGACUGCUAAAGAGAGAAACUUCAAGCUAACCAUUUUCAUUUAGAUGGUUUUCACAGCUCGGGUAGAAAAUUAGAAAAUUCAGCAACACUCGGAGCAGUGAAGAGGAUGAAAAGCUCCACCCUGUUACUAUGUUACGGCGAAGUGGCCGCAGCUUUCUCCCACCUCAUGUUAUCUGUAUGAGUCAACAGAGAGUGCAUCAGAUAAGAGCGGGGGACAUGACGAGUCGUACCAAGCAUCCAUUGAUUUGUAGGAGUGCUAAGCUCGAUGGAUGUGCAUCAGAAGAGAGCGUUUUCUGUUCUGGACGUCGGGAAGCUGCAGGAGGAAGUAAUCAACACAUCGUAAAUCACACCUCUGUGUGAGUGCAUCUGUGUCUCUCCGAAUCCGAGAGACAAAAUGACAUCAUCAGUACUGGUGGCCAACCUCACCCAGGAGUGGGUGGACAGUCUGCGGAGGUGGCACAUGGAGUUUUUUUUCAUCCCCACCACAGUCGUCACCCUGGCCACCUUGCUGGCCAACCCUGUCCUCCUGGCAUGCAUCUUCCUGUCCCGUGCCUUGAGGCGGGAGACACGCUACCUGCUGGUGGCCAACACCCUGAUGGCAGACACGCUCUUCCUCAUCCUCAACCUGGCCAUUAUGAUCUGCAACGCUGUGAGUGCUCAGGUCCCCGGGGUCGUGUGUGGGCUGUUCACAGCCGUCACCGUCACCGCCUACUGCUGCACCGUCCUCACCAUCACCCUCAUGGUGGUGGACACCUACGCUGCUGUCCGCUGGCCUCUCCGCUACCAUGACUUUCUUCCUCCUGCCCGCACCCACCGCAUACUGGUGGGGGUGUGGGUUCUGGCAGCCGUGUACCCAUUCACCCUGGUGAUCAUGAUGGAGGUGGGGAGGGGGAAUUCCCAUGAGGAGUUGGCUGUUUGUCUAGUCCUCAUCUCUCUUGGCCUCAUUCAGGUCCAGAACGUGGUAGCGAUCCACAUCUACUUCUUCGUUGCCGCGCUCUUCUGUGCUUUGCUCAUUUUUUACUGCUACAUUCGACUCUACAUGGUAACAAGGACCCAUGGCAUCUGGCAGAGCCGCUUCUCCAGGGCGCGGGUCACCCUGCUGGCCCACGGGGUUCUGCUCCUGCUCUACUUCGCCCCCGGCUUUGUCUUCAUCCUGGAGCUCUUCCUGUUCCAGAGGAAGGACAUUAGUCAAGAUGUUCGUGUGUGGAUCAGCACAGUCAACAUGUGUGUUUUCAUGUUGCUGCCCAGAGCGUUUGCUCCGUACCUCUAUGGGCUGAGGUACAGGGAGAUCUCGGACACUCUGAUGCAGCUGCUGCAUCGACACAGGGACUCAGCCUGAACUCAGCAUCAUGAAUGACUCAUCAGGACUGUUAUCACUUUUACAAUGGCAUUACUUGUGAUAUCUGUAUUUUACAUGUUUUCAAAGUAUCCCUCCCACAAACAAAGAUAUACCUGCAAAGACAUUACCCAGCAUUUCUCAGUAUGGCCCCACCACCCUAACGUUUUCUGACUAGCCUAAAUUUCAUCUUAUUCAUUAUUUUGUUUACCUAAAACAGUCAAACUUAAAAGUAGUGACUAAUAACCACAAGUUAUUUAAAUGCAAUUAUAGAAUAAAUACUAAUAAACUCAUCUUCAGGUCAUUUCAAGUUCGUAAUUCUCAAUAAUUCUCAACAUGACCUCGUUGUUGCCUUUCCCAGUUAUUGUCAUUAUAAAGUUAUUAGUUGUCAUUCUUGUCUUUCUUUUGUUUUAGAUAAUACAUAUAAUGUCUCCAGUGAAACGUGCAUCAGUAAAUCGACAUCCCUGCCAACUAAAUAUUUAACUAUCGUGUGUUUAAGAGUCAUGAAUCUUUUUGUUUGUGAUUGGCACUUCUUUUACUGCUGUGUUGGGCCAAAUACAAAUAAGUUGAUAUUGCGUGCUAGUUUUUUAAAAAUACACCAGUGUCACUCAGCAGAGCACAAACCUCCAUCAAGGCCCAACAGUCCCCUCAUGAAACCACAUUUAAACUCACUACAUUCAGAUUUCUAUCUUGGAUCUGCACCAAAUUACACACAUUCACCAGUGUCCUAAUAACAAGAUCUAUUAAUAAUACUCUGAGAAAUCAAGGAAAAUGUAAAAAAAAUGUCCUAUAUCUCACGAUGUUAAAGUAAGUGGGGGAAAAAAGUCCUGAUCUGAAUCCACCCCAAAAUUGAAUGGCUCCUUCCUCGGGUCAACCCUCCACAAAAUAUCAUGGAAAUUGUUUGAGUAGUUUUUGCAUAAUCCUGCCGACAAACAAACAUACGCAGGCGAAAGCACAACCUCCUUGGCGGAGGUAAUUGUACAAACCAAAUAUGUAUUCCAUCAUUAUGUCAUGUUAAAGCCACUCAGCCUCAGUUAUAUUGCUGCAUUAACAAAGCACUUAACUCCACUUACUUUAAAAGCCUCGUGUUCUAAAAGGGGAUCUCCAUCAUUGGCAAAUGUUUAAUUGAUUUGGCAAGUGACGGAGAGGAAGGAGGGACUUCCCUUAUUUUGGAAGGUGUGGUGAAUGUGGUGAAUGUGAGUCACCAGGGCUGAAAGGACUGAUGUCUCUCUGCGUCUCGGACUCACCUGUAACUGGUGCAACAGGUCAACGCAUUCUUCUGUCCACUGGGCUGCGUCACUGCUCUUUCCUACAGCAAACACAAGAGAAGUGUGUUGCCUUGCUCCGAGUUCCUAUGUCCCCCAACCCUCAGUUCAUUUUUACAUCUGCAGGUGGAGCAGAUGUACAAACAACUGCUACUGAGAAUUUGUUAAAAUGUCCACAGUACUGUAAUAAUAAUGAAAAACAUAAGGAAAUAGAAUGAACAUUUUGGGAACUGUGGGGUUUGUUAUUCAACCCUUUUGUAAUGUUAAAAACAUCAAAUGCUGGCCUCACUGCUCAUUGUAAACUGUCUAAUUAUAACUACUGACAAUUAAUUCAGUAUUAAAGAAAAAUGAUAAAAAAG